AUGGCCAAGUCCAAGAACCACACCAACCACAACCAAAACAGCAAGGCCCACCGCAACGGUAUUAAGAAGCCCAAGCAGCACCGUUACCCCUCGCUCAAGGGUGUUGAUGCCAAGUUCUUGCGCAACCAGCGUUUCGCCAAGAAGGGAACCCAGAAGGCUUUGGUCGCUAAGGCUGCUAAG